AUGGCGGCGAUCACAACAGUCAGAGUUACAGGGCUCUUUGGCCGGCAGUCAUGGAACCAGAUGCUGAGAAUCAACGGCUGUAUCUCUGUCCAGCACCGACAGUCUUCGGAGAAGGUCCCUGUCAAGUUAACAGCUAUGAAACGUGGCACAGGGGGGCGGAGCUCUUUCAGUGGUAUUGUUGCUACAGUGUUUGGAGCCACCGGAUACCUUGGUAGACAUGUGUGUAACAGUUUAGGAAAAAUUGGAUCACAACUGAUAAUCCCUUAUCGGUGUGAGGCUAUUUAUACAACCAGACUGAGGCUAGUGGGCGAUCUAGGACAAGUUCUCUUUUUUCCCUUUCAUCUACGAGAUGAAGCAGCAAUUCGAAAAGUUGUCCAGUAUUCUAAUGUUGUGAUCAAUCUUAUUGGAUCUGACUAUGAAACAAAGAACUUUAGCUUUCAUGAUGUCCACGUUGAAGGUGCCCAGAGACUGGCCAGAAUUGCCAAGGAGGCCGGUGUGGAGAAGUUUAUUCAUGUAUCUCAUCUCAAUGCCAAGGAGAACCCGCAGAAAAUCUGGAAGGGGUCAGACUACUUGAGAUCAAAGUAUGAGUCAGAACUGGCUGUACGUGAGGAGUUUCCCGAAGCAAUCAUUUUCAAACCCACUGACAUGUUUGGUGAAGGGGAUAAAUUUCUGAUGCACUAUGCUUGUAAAGGCAGAUGGAUUCUACAACAGUUGCCCCUGUGGAAGAAAGGAGAACAGACCAUCAAGCAGCCUGUCUUU